AUGAUUAUUCAAUUGGGAUAUGUUUUGUUCAUGGCUGUUCUAUGCUUGGCCAAUACUGAGACAUACCUAAUCCGAACACCCUAUUAUUUCGAUAUUGUAUCUCAUCCUAGGGCUAUCGAGAAUAGGUUUAAUUUCCAUCGCGAAAUUGUCGAGAUCAAUCAAACACAUUCACUUAUUGAAGACUACCCCAUACAAACAAUUGAUACUUUCAAUGUUGUCGACAUAUCUAAUGUACUCAAUCUCGAUUACAACUCGAAAGUCAAACCCAAAAAGACUUUGCUUGUCAGAAUUAACAACUAUGGAGAUUCACUUUUCCAGCCUGAUGAUCUAUUAAAUAUAAAAUUAUGCUGGCCCGCUACUACACCCUAUGACUUUUGGAUUUCACAUACAUACCUUCAUCUGAAUGAACUAUUAUCCACUGAAAACGACAACUUCGAUUUAUAUCUAAAGAUAGAUUAUCAAUUUAUUGGAGAAACGUAUGAUCCAGAGAAGUACCUACACGAUAACGACAAUUUACAGUUUCAGCUAUACAUCAACAAGCUACCAAAUAAUUGGCUACCUAUACCACUCGAAUUAUAUACUUACUUGCUAUACUUGAUCGACUUGGUCAUACUAACAGUGUGGCAUGUACUUCCAUAUACACCCCAAGUUAUAACCUUUGGCUUAAGAUCACGUGAUAAAUAG